AUGUCAUCUCAUGCGAAUAAAGUGCAAUGUCCCAUCUGUCAUCAAUGGGUGGUUGCUUCCAAGAUAAACGCACACAUUGAUGCAAACUGCCCUGACCCAUCAUUGAAUUCUCUUCAAAAACAACCUAGCACCCACAUGGAGAUUGACAAUGAUUUUCCAAAGCUCGAGAUUACCACUGCUAACGAUGAAAAGAAAGCAGAAACCAAAGGCAGUAAUAGCAGCAGUGUAGCGUCAAAGCCGAGUGCAUCAUCAUCGCCUGUUCGCAUAGCACCCUUAUUUGCACCUAAAGCACAACAACCAUCAUCCAAAGCGGCGUCAUCGCCGUCGUUGUCGACGUCUUUAGAGUCAAGACCUAUGCCCACAUUUGGAGGCAUCAAACGACAGCAACCCGCUGACGCUAUAUCGCCCGCCACCACCACCACCACCUCAUCCUCAUCCACCUCAACAGCCCAGCCCACCACCAAGCGCAGUAAACGAUCCGAUGCAGUUCUGGACUCCAUGCCAUUAGCCGCUCGAGUUCGGCCCAUUACUUUAACAGACUUUGUUGGCCAAGAAGAACUGUUGGGGCCUGAUGGCAUUUUGAAAAAGCUGAUUGAUCAUGACCGUAUACCUUCCAUGGUAUUAUGGGGACCGCCUGGAUGCGGAAAGACCACCAUUGCUCGUAUUAUCUCCAAAAUGACCAAAUCCAGAUUUGUGGAAUUAAGCGCUACAAGCCACGGUGCAGCAGAUGUCAAGAAGGCGUUUGAGGAUGCCAAGGGACAUUUGAUGUUGACGGGCCAAAAGACGUUUGUGUUUAUAGAUGAAAUUCAUCGAUUUACAAAGACACAGCAGGAUUUGUUUUUACCGUAUGUGGAGCAGGGCACGAUUCACUUGAUAGGUGCUACGACAGAGAAUCCAAGUUUCAAAGUGAAUUCUGCUCUCUUAUCAAGAUGCAAGGUGUUUGUGUUGAAGCGACUGGAUCAAGAUCAAAUUGAAUCCAUUUUGACUCGAGGAUUGCAGAAAUGGCGAGGCGAAGAGGAAAUACAAACGGAUCAUAGUAAGGAUAAAGAGGCAUUAAAGCAACUGGCUGUCUAUAGUGAUGGCGAUGCAAGAACUGCUUUAAACACCUUGGAAAUUGCAGUCAGCUUAUUACCGUCCAAACAACAUCCAUUGGAGAUCGAUACAGUCAAGGGAGCCUUUCAAAAAUCACAUUUGCUGUAUGACCGCAAUGGAGAUCAACAUUACGACAUCAUCAGCGCAUUACACAAGAGUAUCCGAGGCAGUGAUGCCGAUGCCGCCUUGUACUGGCUGGGCAGAAUGUUGGUCGCAGGCGAGGAUCCGUUGUACAUUGCUCGCCGUUUGGUGCGAUGUGCCAGUGAAGAUAUUGGAUUAGCAGACAACACGGCACUCCCACUUGCCAUGGCAGCGUACACGGCGUGCGAAAAGAUUGGCAUGCCUGAAUGCGAUACAAUCUUGGCUCAUCUGGUGGUGCAUCUUGCCGAGACCAAAAAGAGUGUGCGAAGUUACAAGGCGUAUAAUUUAGUCAAGCAAACCAUCCAGGACAACCCAGCGUAUUCUGUGCCAAUGCACAUUCGCAAUGCACCUACUACAUUGAUGAAGAAUCUGGGAUAUGGUGAAGGCUAUAAAUACAAUCCAGACUAUCAAGGGCCCGUGGAGCAAACCUAUCUGCCUGAUGAAUUGCAAUUUGAACGGUUUCUUGAAUAA